UUGAGUUACGAAACUGUCUUUCAGUAAACAGUUUCAUAUAUUCUUAACACAAUCAUACGAUGGAGCUUCAUGUUGAAAUGUUGUUCAUUUAUCUAUUCAUUUACCAUUUUAUACCGGUUUUAUGUUCAUCUAAUUGCAAGAUAAAAGAGACAAAUAGUGGAAACCGUACGAUAAUAACGGCAGACUGUAGUAACAUGGGACUAGUACAUGUUCCUCAAAAUUUACCGCGAAACAUUAAUGCACUGGAUCUUAGUUGUAACGACAUAACAAGUGUUACAAAUGAUGCAUUCGUCAAUUAUAAGAGCUUAUUGGAACUUAAUCUGAAUUCAAACAAAAUUAAUCAUACAUCAAACUCGUCAUUUAAGGGAUUAGGAAAUCUUCAAUCGUUGGAAAUGGCUGAAAAUUCUCUUGAUCUGUCUGAUGUGUAUACAAUAGAUCUGUUCGUGCCCUUGAUGAAAUUAAAUAUUCUUAACAUCAGGAGGAACAUGGAUCAGCCGACUAACUUUUCCACCAUGUUUACGUAUCCAGACAAGGCAUUGAGUGUUUUAAAUCAAUUGACAAACUUAUCGAUUGACUUAAUGCCAAAACCAAAAUUUGGACAAGGAUUUAAACUAUUAAAAAGGCUCCAUAGGAUAGAAUUCCAGUCAUGCUAUGUUGUAAGCCUAACCAAUGAAACAUUUAAGUUUUUCUCGUCCAGUGUUGAAACACUUAUAAUGCAAAAUUGUAGAUUGAAUUUUGUACGUGCUGAAAUAGGCACUUUAUUGUCAUUUCCAGAGCUGAAGGUCGUCGAUUUUUCUGACACAUUUAUGCAUUUAAAGCAGGCACUGUUAUUGCUUAAUCCAUACACAAAUAAAAACAUGACAAUUAUAAAUUUUCAUCACGUGAGCGACGUUGUCAUUGACAACAAAGAAUUUCCUUAUUCUUUGAUUUUAACAACCGAGAUGACAAAGUAUUUACGAACUAUUUGUGUUGAAAACUUGGAUUUGUCACAAAAUGGUAUUGUUGAUUAUGAACCUGGAUCUUUAUUUACAUUUCGUUAUCCUGAAUGUAUACAAAAUAUGUCGGUAAGGGCGAAUAGAUUUGCCAUAAUAUCUAAUAGAAUACAGUUGCAACAUCUAAACAACUUUACCCAGCAAGCUAGUCGUUUGAAAACUUUGGAUGUUUCCUAUAACGUUGUAAGCUAUCCUGUGUCUAAAGAAAACACCAUUUCAUCAGGUUUCGAUAAUCCUUCCGCUGUUUUUUUUAAUUUUUCAAAAUCCGUAGAAAAAUUGGAUGCUAGUUACGUGAUGACAAACGAUUUACCUAUUAUAUGUCUAAUCCCUAUUAAUAGUAGUUUGAAGUAUCUUGACAUGUCAUAUACAUUGUCGUCAGGGAUGAUGCUUUUCGAAUCAGAUAAUCAGGAUCAUCCCCCCAAUUUGGAAACAUUCAUUGAUAGUGGAAGUGAUUAUUCUUUUAUCUGGCAUGAAUUCGGUAGAUUUACUCACAAUAAUCUGAAAACAGUUGUCUGGAAGGAUCGCAAUUUAAAUGAGGGCAUAAAAGCGCAUCCGAAAGACCUUUUCAGAAACUUGAAUUCAGUGGAAACCCUUGAUAUAUCAGAAAACAACAUUUGGUACUUUUCGGACAAUUUGUUAGACCCAAUGAAAAAUCUAUCUGUAUUAAAUGUAUCAAAAAAUUUACUGCAAAGUAUUCCAAUACAGUUGAUAAAUCAUUUUAAAAUCAGAAAACUUGAUGUUCGAAAUAAUGUAUUAACAGGAAUCAAUUUCGAAAUAAGGAAUUGGCUUGAUCAGAUGCAGACCAUGCAUUCAAUGUCACUGUACUUAGCAGGAAAUGCAUUUGAAUGUUCGUGUAAUAAUAUUGACUUGAUAAGAUGGCUGCAGACAACAGAGGUGAUGUUAGACAGUCGCUCGUAUAACUGUGUACUAUCUAACGGAAGCAACAGCAAUACAUUGGAUGCAUAUAACUCUUUCCCCGAUCUGUUUGCUUAUUGUGAAAGUUCUAUGUGGCUAACAGUAGCAACAACGUUACUGUCAACAGGAUUCAUAAUAACGAUAUUACUAGUGUUGUAUAAUAAAAAAUGGAAAAUCAUGUUUACCUUGCAGGGAAUAAUAAAUCGUGUAGUUGAACAAAAGAUCAAAAGGCAGUACACUUACGAUGUGUAUAUUUCUUACGAAGGUAAUGCAGUUUAUUGGAUCAAAGAAACGCUUGUCUCAAAACUGGAAGGAGAAUGGGGAUUAAACAUGUGUAUACGAGAAAGGGAUUUCCUUGCUGGGAUUUCUCAUGCUGAUAAUGAAGCAGAAGCCAUUAAAGAAAGUAGAUGCAUUAUCUUUGUAAUAACUCCAGGGUAUACAAUAUCCCCUGAUCGUUCAUUCGAGAUAAACAGGGCUCAAUACGAAAGAAUUAGGAGCAAUUUAGAAACAGUAAUAGUUCUAACAAAGGACAUUACAAUAACAGAUGUACCUCGUAAUUUUUCUUAUAUCUGGAACUAUGUGUACCUGAUAGAAUGGACGGAUGAUGAUCAGUUUAAUUUGGAUGCUAUUUGGGAGAAAUUGAAAUUGUUGCUCACACCAAGGAGGUUAUAUUAGACAACAACCUUGCUCAAACAAAUUGGUUUAAAUGAAACAAAUAUAUUAUUAUUUAGUA